AUGUCGUCCCACAUCAAGACAUAUGAUGGGACCGAAGGUCCUGAAGACCAUCUUCAGAUCUUUACUGGUGCUGCUAGAAUUGAGAAAUGGUCGAAUGCUGAAUGUUGUCUAAUGUUCAUGCAAACCCUUGUCGGAUCAGCCAGAAUAUGGUUCAAUGAUUUUCCUGCUCGAAGCGUUCGAAUCUUUGAUGAUCUCCGCAAGGGGUUCCUGGCCAAUUUCUCCCAGCAGAGGCGAUACGUUAAAGAUGCUACAGUAAUCUUUCAGAUAAAACAAACGGAUGAUGAAAGUCUUCGAGAGUUCAUUGAAAGGUACAAGAAUGAAGGUCUCACAUAUGUCGGGGCAGACGAAAAAAUGAGAGUGGCCGGUUUUAUGAACGCCAUUACCUCCAAAUAUCUCACACGAGAUUUCAACAAAUCCCUGCCCAAGACCUUGGAAGAAGCUCUCAAAAGGGCUGAAGCCCACAUCCGGGGAGAGGAAGCUGUGGACAUUAAAGAACAAAGAAAGAGGGGAUCAAGCUGGCGAGGCAACAGCCUAGCUAGAAAAAGGGGGAACUUUAACUCCUAUGACAGACGUCAAAAGGGUUCAGAGCAACGAAGGCCUGAAGGCCGAAACCCUCCAAGCAGGGAAAUGAUCAUAAACUUUACACCCCUUACCAUGAUCCCUCAAGAGAUUCUUGCCACGGAAGAAGUGAAACAAAGCUUUCGGCCUCCUACACCUCUCCCUAAAAGCAGGAAGAACAAGAAUUCCACCCAAUACUGUGAAUUUCACGAAGAAAAAGGGAACCACACCAAUGAUUGCUUCCAGCUUAAGAAAAGGAUUUGUGCAUUCUACAUGGCUGUGUCUGUUUGCCGUGGCACUGUCAAAUUUCCUACCGAGAGGGGAAUCGCAACACUUCAACCUACUCAAGAGGCCUACAUGGUUGAAGGGGAAAGUUCCAAAAUUGAAGAAGAUAAGCAAAGGCUAAUUAUUAACCCCAGAUAUCCUGAGUAG